AUGGCAGCUAAUUUCUGGACUUCUUUAUUUCACUGGACAUAUGCGCGCGGUUACAUCCGUGUCCCAAUUGUGAUGGCGGUGCCAGUCUUAUUCAACAAGUACGGGCUUUGUCUCUUUGAUCCCGCCUUCCAGUACUGGAACGCUGGCCACAACCAAGUUGACAUUUGGAACCGACUGAAGGAGAAGGUAGAGAAGAUGGAGGAAGAGGAGGCGGCCGAGUAA